GCCACUCUCAGCGACCUCUACCUGAACAACGUCAUCACCCGCCUCACGCACAUCAGCGAGGACUCCGCCCGCCUGCUCAAGAGGAGUAAGGAGAUCAUCUUUCAACUUCAGGAGGAUCUCAUGAAGCUGCUCAACGAGCUUUACACCGUGAUGAAGACAUAUCACAUGUACCACGUGGAGACGAUCAGUGCUGAAACCAAACUACGAGAGGCGGAGCGUCAGGAGGGGCGCGUGAAGGGCGUGUCGGGGUCAGGCGGAGGGGUGGAGCCUGUAUUCGGCCUGCGGAUAGAAGAGCGCCACCAGAGACGCAACGCCGCCCGCAAGAUGGAGAAGAUGAGGGAGAAGAGGAAGGCGAAGUACUCCGAGAACAAACUGAAGACUCUUAAAGCCAGGAACGAGUACCUGCUGACCAUGGAGGCCACCAACGCCUCCGUGUUUAAAUACUACAUCCACGACCUUCCCGACAUCAUAGACUGCUGUGACUUAGGGUACCACUCCAGUCUGAGCCGGGCUCUAAAGACCUACCUAUCAGCUGAACUCAGCCUUGAAGCCUCCAGGAGGGCCGGUCUGGAGGUCCUUGAGGGGGCCGUGGAAGGCCUGGACCCGGCCCGGGACAGACAGCGCCUGCUGGGCCUCUACCCCACCGCCUUCUGCCCGCCACAACGCUUCGGAUUCCAGGCGCACAUGGGAGACGCAGUGACUCAGAUCGCAUCGCAGCCGCAGGUCCAGGCCGAGCUGACGCUUCGCCUCACGCAGCUCCAGACCCGCUUGGCGUCUCUGAAGAUCGAGAACGAGGAAGUGAAGAAGACGUGGGGCGCCACCCUGACCACGCUGCAGGACAUGACGGUGCUGGACGAUUACGACGUGUCGCAGAGCUUCACCCACAGCCCGUCCUCCGAGUCGGUCAAGUCCAGCGUGUCCGACGGAUACUUGAACAAACCGAGUCUGGCGAAGAGGCGGGCCAACCAGCAGGAGACGGAGCUCUUCUACUUCAAUAAGUUCCGCGAGUAUCUGGAGGGGAGUAAUCUCAUUUCCAAACUGCAGGCCAAACACGACAUCCUGAAGAAGGCGUUAGCAGAAGGAUAUAAAGCCGACCUGCUGACGACCAGUCGUGGCCGGAAGAACUCCCACAGCAAGCACCAGGAUUCUACUAAAGCCAUACCUUUACUAGUGGAGAGCUGCAUCCGCUACAUCAACCUGCACGGUCUUCAGCAUCAAGGAAUAUUCCGGGUGUCGGGGUCACAGGUGGAGGUCAACGACAUCAAAAACUCCUUUGAAAGAGGUAACGACCCGCUGAUUGACGAGGAGAGCAACCACGACAUCAACUCUGUGGCCGGAGUGUUGAAGCUCUACUUCAGGGGUUUGGAAAACCCGCUGUUUCCCAAGGACCGCUUCAAUGACCUUAUCUCCUGCGUCCGCAUCGAGAACAUGUACGAGAGAGCGCAGUGCAUCCGUAAGAUCCUCCUGGGAGUCCCGAGAGCCGUACUGGUGGUGAUGCGUUACCUGUUCGCCUUCCUAAACCACCUCUCCCAGUACAGCGAUGAGAACAUGAUGGAUGCUGGGAACCUUGCCAUCGUUUUCGGGCCCACCCUCCUGCCCACACCAGAGACUCUGGACCAAGUGGCCUGUCAGGCACAUGUCAACGAGGUCAUCAAAACGGUGAUCCUGAACCACGACAACAUCUUCCCCGACACCAAGGAGCUGCCGGGUCCGGUCUAUGAGAAGUGUAUGACCGGAGACCAGUACUGUGAGAGUCCGUUCAGCGAGCCUGGAGCUCUGGAGGAGGCCGAGCCCGACGGCGGCACCGAGACCCAGACCAGCGACGAGGAGGGUGAAUCUGUGGAGGCGGUGGCGAGGUUCGACUACGUGGGCCGGUCGGGUCGUGAGCUCUCCUUCAAGAAGGGAGCGUCCCUGCAGCUCUACCAGCGGGCGUCACAUGACUGGUGGGAGGGGCGUCUCAAUGGAAACCGCGGCCUGGUGCCUCAUCAGUACAUCGUGGUGAAGGAGAGGGCCGACGCCACGACCGACACGCUCAGCACGAAGGCGGACAGCGACGGAGGAAGCAGCGACGACAAACGGUCCAGGAGCGAACUGAGCUCGCCGACGGACCCCCGACCCCCCGAGAACUACAACAGGUCCGUCAUUCACAGGAGGAAGAGGACCGACGGUUUAUUCCGGCGCCCCCUCGGGCGCUCUAACGACAGUCAUUGCCAUGGUAACGGGGGCGUGAUGGAGCGGAGUUCCCCACCUGUUACGGGUCACUUCAGUCCGAGAGACCUGCUGCUGGGGCGGGGACAGGGCAUGACUCCGCCCCUCGACAGCCCGGAGCGCCGCCGCCGCUCUACGGCAGCCGUGACCAUGACGGUAAGCAGACAUGAUUCACUGAGAAGGCCAGAAGACACGCCCAUCAGGCGCUCAAGCAGCGGACAGCACGGCUUCAGAGGACUGGACCCUGACACACUGGACAUCGAGGAGACAGUGACGGUGGCUCUUGGGGAGUUCAGGCAGCUUGAGCGUCAUGGCUGCCGUCCUGCUCCUGAUGUGGUUCUGGACACUCUGGAUCAGAUGAAGAAUGGCCCCAUGACCACCUGCUCCUCUGAGUCCCCUUCCCCCCACAGCACCCCCAGCACCCCUGGUACUCCCGGGACUCCCGGGACUCCUGGUACUCCUGGAACCCCGAGCCCUCUGAGUCCUCUGAGCCCCCUCAGCCCGCUACCAGGACCUCCACCUGGACCUCCGAGGCCCAGCAACCCUUCCCCUGAUGCACUUGGGUCCUUCAAACCUGUUGCAGCUGCUCGCAUGGGCGCUCCUUUGAGGCCCCCCGCCCUGCGUCCAAAACCUGUGGUCCCCCCGAAAAGCAGCACCCCGCCUCUUCCCCCGCCGCUGGACAAAUCCUGCACCAUGUGAGCCAAACCAGGCCAACAUAAAAGGCCGAAUCAGGCCUACCCGGGCCAAAACUGGGCCAGAAGAGGAGAUCAGGGUACUUAGUGUUUAUAAUCCAAACCAAUGAGGGUCAGAAGGACACGAAGGGUUAAAUGUAGAAAUAAUCUAAAAUAUGAUAUUUAUGUCGUCAGGUCGCUGUGUACUCUCUCUCUGUGUGUAGGAGUUUACGUUUAUCAAAGGUUAGCUUAAAGAGACACAGGAGCCAGCUGGGGCGGAGCCAGCUGGGGCGGAGCCAGCGGGGGCGGAGCUUCCUGAUUUGUAUAUGAAGAAAGAGACGUGGGGAUUGUAGUUCAGCUGGAGUGAAACUGUAGUUUUAAGUGACGUGAAUGUUGGCUGUACUGUCAUGAUGCUAGAAGAAGACGAGGACGGCUGCUGACUCGGCGAGGAAGAGAGGACACAAAAACAACGUCUCAACGAUGAGUGACUGAUUAUCUUUUAUUUUUUUAUUCUGUUUCAGCUGCUAAGCUCACUCGUACACCUCAAACCACGAAACGCCUCCUGAGGUCGUCGGUGACACCACAUUGUUCAACCUGAAUGUUUCCACUAUUUAAACGACUGUUCAUCUUAUUGAAUGUUCGGCCAGCUGCUGAUUGGGCGGCUCGCUCGCCUUUCUGUUUUAUAAGAGCCCAGAGGGAGCUGCAAACAGGGUGAGUCAGGAGGUGGGGGGAGGGGCUUAAACAGAACUUUUCUGGGAUGGAAGAUGUGUGUGUGUGAGAGUGUGAGAGUGUGAGAGUGUGUGUGUCCUGCUUGCCUGCCCUUGUUCUGCUCUCUUGUAAGUGCAGAAGUACUAGAAUAGUGAUAGAUGAUAGAUUAUUCAUGCCUGCUCUGUUUCUGGGGACAAAUGAGUGCAAAAAGCACGCCACUUCCUGUUUGUGUGUUUGUGUGUGUGUGUGUGUGUUAGUUUACCUGCUUGUGAAGUCACUGAAGUCACUUCUUAACCUUAAAUUCACAAUAAGCUAACAGGGCGGGGCUUUGAAUAGUAAAAACACUUGAACAGCACACUGAAUGUGGCCUCCAAACAGGCUGUGUGUGUGUGUGUGUGUGUGUGUGUGUGUGUGCGUGUGCGUGUGCGUGUGCGUGUGCGUGUGCAUGU